AUGGAGGGAGGCUUCACUCCGCAGCCGGAGCGUCUGCUGACAUUCGUGAGGAAACUCAAAGAGGUGUUCGACGCCUGUGACUCGGACUCGGACGGGUUCAUCCGCCCUGAACACUUUGUGCAGCUGGGUUCUCAGUUCGGACAAGCAGAACAGGUGAAGAAAUUGUCCAGCUGUCUGGACCCCGACUCUCACGGGAGGGUCAACUUCAAAGACUUCUGCCGCGGUGUGCUCACCAUGAAAGCACACCAGGCCAACCAGGACACAGGAGGGGACAGAACCCAGUAA